UCAUUAUCACGUGACAUCCAACAUGGCCGUCAGCGACCGAAGCAGAGAUGGUCAGGACACCAUACUGGAGCCACUGUGCUUUCCAGAGCAGACAGUCAACAGCUCCAGCACCCCCAGUCAGCAGUGUCCUCGUAGUGACCUGCUGGUGUGUCUGUUCUGUUCUGAAUCCACCCCUUUGCUGCAGAAAGAUGUUCUUCUCAAACACCUGCUGAUGGAGCACAAGCUGGUCAUUGCCGAUGUCAAACUCAUUGCAGAUCUCCCAAAGUACAUGUUGUACUGGAAGGGCAGAUUCCUGGAGCAACCGGUCACAGAUUUCUGCAGCGUGAUCAAAACCAACUCCACUGGUCCAGUUGAGAAACAAGAGGACUACUUUUUGCUAUGUGACGUCCUUCCAGAAGAUCGAAUCCUCAGAGAGAGACUCCAGCAGAAACGACUGGAAGAAGUGCUGGAGCAGCAACAGAAAGAGAGAGAUGACAGCAACUUCCAUCGUCUCUGCAUGUUCUGCAGUGAAGAGUUCACUGGGAACAGGUCGUCCCUGCUGAACCACAUGGCCAGAGAACAUUCCUUCAGCAUUGGACUGCCAGACAACAUUGUCUACUGCAACGAGUUCCUGGACACACUGCAGCGUAAAUUGGACAAUCUGCAGUGUUUGUACUGUGAGAAAACAUUUCGAGAUAAAACCACGCUAAAGGAUCACAUGAGGAAAAAAACUCACCGUCGCAUCAGCGCCAACAACCGAGAAUAUGACCGCUUCUAUGUCAUCAACUAUCUGGAACUGGGGAAAAACUGGGAGGAGGUACAGAGUGAAGAUGACCGUGAGCUGGUAGAUGAUGAGAAUGAUGAUUGGUCGGACUGGCAGGCUCAUCCAGUGUCUGCUGUGUGUCUGUUCUGUGAUCACCAGUCAGAGACGAUGGACCAGAUCUACACCCACAUGAAGGAGGCCCAUCGCUUUGAUCUUCAUAACCUGAAGACAGAACUCAACCUCAAGUUCUACCAGCAGGUGAAACUGGUGAACUUCAUUCGGCGGCAGAUCCACCAAAGCCGCUGCUACAGCUGCCAGGAGAACUUCGACUCCAGAGCUGACGUCCUUCAUCACAUCAUGACUGAAGGUCAUGUGAUGAAACUGCCAGAGAUGCCUGUCUGGGACCAGCCUCAGUAUUACUUCCCCACAUAUGAAAACGACGCUCUCCUGUGCACACUGUCUGACAACGAUGAAGAUGAAAGUGACGAGACAAAUCACAGUGAGGACAUCCCGGUCAUUGCAGAGGACAUCUCCAACCUCAGAGUACUGAAACAGACCAGUGUGCUCAACCAGCUGCUGAAGAACAGUGGACGCUAGGAUGAUGGACUGAUUUUAUUAUCUUCCUUUCGUCAGACUGAAUGUUUACUUGGACACAAGGAGAAAAUAUUCUUCAGAAGAGAAUAUAAUACUUGACUGUACUCUGUGGACAAGAAAAAUUUCACACAGCCAUAAUACACACUUUUAAAGUCAUCAGAAGCCAGAUAUACGUUUGGCUGCAGUUUAGAUACUAAACUUAUACAUGCAACUUACUUCCAUUCAAGCACAUAAAAGGAGCUUAAACAUCUGUUUUUCUUCAAUACUGACUUUAUUAUUUCAAUUAAAACUCAUUUACUUUUGUAAAUUCUGUAACCAAGUGAAAGAGUUGCAACACUUCAAACCAAAGAUAACUGAAAACAGAAAGCAUCUUCCAACUAUCAAAGUUCAAAUAAAUGUGUCUGAACCCUGA